CUGCUCCGUCCAGUCUCCUCGCCUCAUUUCGGCGCAUGCGCGUCUCGUCAGGUGAUGCUGAGCUGUCUCCGGCAGGGCUUUGCUUUGGGUCUCAACCGCCUUAUUGGAAGCCGCUGCCGUCUCGCCCCUUCCCCGCCGCCCUUUGUGAAGGAGCAUCUCGGAGCAAAGCCGGCGGCGGCAAUUUGAGCGGAGGAAAAGCCCCGGUGACAGGUCAGCGCGGCCGGCGGGGAUUCUAAUCAUGUCUGAUAAAAGUGAGCUGAAGGCUGAGUUGGAGCGUAAAAAACAACGCUUGGCCCAAAUCAGAGAGGAGAAGAAGAGAAAAGAGGAAGAGCGAAAGAAAAAGGAAACUGAUCAGAAGAAAGAAGCUCUUCCUGUACAAGAUGAGUCUGACCUUGAAAAGAAGAGACGGGAAGCUGAAGCCUUGCUUCAGAGCAUGGGUUUAACACCAGAUGCUCCUAUGGCUGUGCAACCUCUACGACUAGUAACAGCGGAUACCUGUCUGUUUCACUAUUUAGUCCCUCCUCCUAUGUCUCCAUCUUCGAAAUCUGUGAGCACACCAAGUGAGGCUGGAAGCCAAGAUUCUGGUGAUGGUGCUGUUGGUUCUAGGACGCUGCAUUGGGAUACUGAUCCAUCAGUUCUACAGCUUCACUCUGAUUCCGAUCUGGGACGUGGACCUAUUAAACUUGCAAUGUCCAAAAUUACACAAGUUGACUUUCCUCCUCGAGAAAUGGUCACGUACACAAAGGAGACCCAAACACCAGUUAUGACUCAGCCAAAAGAAGAUGAAGAAGAUGAAGAUGAUGCAGUGGUACAAAAACCACCAGUUGAGCCUGAAGAAGAAAAAACAUUGAAAAAAGAGGAGGAGGAGGAAGUUGCCCCUCAUGAACUGACAGAAGAGGAAAAGCAACAAAUUUUGCAUUCUGAAGAAUUUUUGAGCUUCUUCGACCAAUCAACAAGAAUUGUGGAAAGAGCUCUUUCUGAGCAAAUUAACAUUUUCUUUGACUACAGUGGGCGAGACCUGGAAGAGAAAGAAGGAGAAAUUCAGGCAGGUGCUAAACUGUCCCUAAACCGACAGUUUUUUGAUGAGCGUUGGUCAAAGCAUCGUGUUGUUAGUUGUUUGGACUGGUCAUCUCAGUAUCCAGAGUUGCUGGUAGCCUCUUACAACAACAAUGAAGAUGCUCCUCAUGAACCUGAUGGGGUGGCACUUGUGUGGAACAUGAAAUACAAAAAAACAACUCCAGAGUAUGUCUUUCAUUGCCAGUCAGCUGUGAUGUCGGCUACCUUUGCAAAAUUUCAUCCAAAUUUGGUGGUUGGUGGCACAUACUCAGGACAAAUUGUGCUAUGGGAUAAUCGCAGCAAUAAGCGAACACCAGUUCAGAGAACUCCCCUUUCAGCUGCUGCUCACACGCAUCCUGUGUAUUGUGUGAAUGUGGUGGGGACUCAGAAUGCCCAUAACCUUAUCAGCAUCUCGACUGAUGGAAAAAUCUGCUCGUGGAGUCUGGAUAUGCUUUCACAACCACAGGAUAGCAUGGAGCUAGUUCACAAGCAAUCCAAGGCUGUAGCUGUCACUUGUAUGUCUUUCCCUGUUGGUGAUGUCAACAACUUUGUCGUUGGAAGUGAGGAAGGCUCUGUGUACACAGCAUGUCGCCAUGGCAGCAAAGCUGGAAUCAGCGAGAUGUUUGAAGGUCACCAAGGACCUAUCACAGGGAUCAAUUGCCAUGCAGCGGUUGGGCCUGUAGACUUUUCCCAUCUUUUUGUCACUUCUUCUUUUGACUGGACUGUAAAGCUUUGGACUACUAAGAACAACAAGCCUCUGUACUCAUUUGAAGACAACUCAGACUAUGUUUACGAUGUGAUGUGGUCACCCACCCACCCUGCCCUCUUUGCCUGUGUGGAUGGAAUGGGAAGGCUUGACCUAUGGAAUCUCAACAACGAUACUGAGGUGCCAACAGCAAGCAUUACUGUGGAAGGUAAUCCUGCCCUAAACCGCGUGCGAUGGACAAAUUCCGGACGUGAGAUUGCUGUCGGAGAUUCAGAAGGACAAAUAAUAAUUUACGAUGUGGGAGAGCAAAUUGCGGUUCCCCGAAAUGAUGAAUGGACACGUUUUGGUCGAACUUUAGCAGAAAUUAAUGCCAACAGAGCUGAUGCAGAAGAGGAGGCAGCAACCCGAAUCCCUUCCUAGGUUGUUGAAGUGGGGGGUCUCGCUGUGAAUUUGGGGAUUGGUUAUAGAGGGCUUCAGAAUAGUAGCAUGUGUUAAGUAUGCGGCUGAACUUGACAUUUAAAAUGUGGAGUAAACUGUGGAGUCGACAAGUGUAUAAAGAUCAGUGAAAUUGAUCUUGCAGAGUUGCUUUUUAAUCCCUGAAUCACCACCCUUAAUCUGAUAGAUAUAAUUUAUUAUUUACCCUGACUUGGCAAGGUGUAUGUUCUACUGAAACACUAACCACGUUGAAUAUUUAAAGUUCAACUUUCAAUGGCAUAUAACUAUUUCAGAGCAAUUUAAGUUCUGUAAGUUUCUGAACAAGAGCUUUUCCAAGUCAAACUGACAGGCUAUGCUGUGGACAUCAAUCUCUGGGGCACUGGGAAAGUGUUAUGGCUAUAGUACUCUUAAUGGCUUAGAUUUGUGCAUGCAUCUGUUCACAGUAACCUUUAUCCUAAUUAUUAUAUAAUAGGCUCCAGGCUACAGUGGUAGGUCAUGUAUAUGACUAAAAAAAUCUGUAAACCCUUUUUUUGUAAUGGAAACUUUCUAAAAUACCUGCUAAGUACUUUGGAUUUUUUUGUUUGUUACAUUUCUGCAGUAGAGUAAGAAUUCUUUAUAAAUAAACAUUACAUGGCCUCUUUUCUCACAAGCAUCUGUUUAAAGACUUGUUUUUCAAGAGUUUGCAUUUUCAGAGGUUUGUGCAGGGGCAGGGGUGAGGGGCUGCAGGAAAAUAAUUAACUUACAAACUCCAUUUCUUUUUUUAAAAAGUAUCUUGUGCCUAUAAUAAAAAUGGAUUUGGGAUUUAUUUUGUAAUUCUUCAGUUUACUUGAUAUUACUCAUGUAACAGUUCUUUAAACUAAAGCAAAAAGAAUGUGCACAUGAGGCAAUUCAUACUUUCAAAAGCAACUUGUCCAUUUUUUCUCUAGGACUUUGUAGUAGGUGCGGUAUUAUCUUACCAUCACAUAAGAUCAGUGUAAAGUUCCACAUUAUUUGAUUUAUUUUUUGCACAUCAGUUUCUUUCCUAUGCAACAAUAAGAUAUACAUUUUUAAUCGUUUCUGAAAUAUCUGCCUAUAGGCUUGAAGCUAUUUUUUAAGGAUUCUGGAUUAUUAUUUUUAGUUGACUUUUUACUCCCAUAGGUAAAAAAGCAUGCUGUUUCUACUGAUGAAUACUACUCAGAAAAUCCAAUUACCAAUUCUGAUAUUAAAUUCUUGGUUAUUCUA